GGUAUUGACGGUGCUCGGGUGGAGAAAAUUCUUGAUAUGACAUCCAUUACUCUGAAUAAGAAUUCAGUACCUGGUGAUAAAAGCGCACUAGUCCCAGGUGGCAUACGCAUAGGGAAACCUGCUAUGACUACCAGAGGUUUCAACGAAGAUGAAUUCAUGUCAACCGCAGAUUUCAUUCACGAGGGUGUUCAGAUUGCUCUUGAAGCAAAACGAUCUGCUCCAAGUUCUAAGCUCCAAGAUUUCAUAAAAUUUGUAGCAUCUCCAGAUUUUCCUUUUACGGAUCGGGUGUUAGAUCUGCAAAGAAGAGUUGAGGCAAUGACAACCAAGUUCCCAUUGCCUGGUUUACGAGGGAUUUAG